CGUGCUGCACAGAGCGCCGCGGCUCCGCCGCGCCUUUAAACCGCGGGGCCGGCCGCGCUCGCGGGCACUCGGCGGCUGGCGGCGAGCGUGCCGCGGCUGUGUAGCGGCGCGGCGACUCUCUUCCUCACCCCCCCGCCCUUCGGCUCCUUAGCGGGAGCGCCGGCCAGGGAGCCCGAGCCGCGCCGUCCGCAGCGUCCACCCGCCCGCUCCGCAGGUCCCCGAGCGUCGGGCGGCGAUGGAGCCCGGGCCCGCGGCGCCCUCGUCUGGCGCCCCGCGGCCCGCCCGCGAUGGGGACGCACCGCUGGCCGCCGCCGCCGGGGUGGACCUGCCUGGCACUGCUGUGCCCUCCGGUGGAGAGGAUGCUACGGCUGCGAGCCAGGCCGGCGGUGGGGUGCGCGGAGAGGGAACCGCAGCGGCGGGCGAUGGGCUGGGCAGACCUCUGGGGCCCACGCCCAGCCAGAGCCGCUUCCAGGUGGACCCGGUUUCCGAGAACGCCGGGCGGGCUGCGGCGGCCGCUGCGGCUGCGGCUGCGGCCGGGGCGGCUGGCAAGGAGACCCCCGCGGCGGGGAAAGCCGGCGCUGAGAGCGGCGUGGCCAAGGGCAGCGAGGAAGCCAAGGGCCGCUUCCGCGUGAACUUCGUGGACCCGGCUGCCUCCUCGUCGGCGGACGACAGCCUGUCGGAUGCGGCGGGGGUCGGUGGCGACGGGCCCAACGUGAGCUUCCAGAACGGCGGGGACACGGUGCUGAGCGAGGGCAGCAGCCUGCACUCGGGUGGUGGCAGUGGGCACCACCAGCAGUACUACUAUGACACCCACACCAACACCUACUACCUGCGCACCUUCGGCCACAACACCAUGGACGCGGUGCCCAGGAUCGAUCACUACCGACACACGGCCGCGCAGCUGGGCGAGAAGCUGCUCCGGCCCAGCCUGGCAGAGCUCCACGAUGAGCUGGAAAAGGAACCUUUUGAGGAUGGCUUUGCAAAUGGAGAAGAAAGUACUCCAACCAGAGAUGCUGUGGUCACAUAUACAGCUGAGAGUAAAGGAGUUAUAAAGUUCGGCUGGAUCAAGGGUGUAUUAGUGCGCUGUAUGUUAAACAUUUGGGGUGUGAUGCUCUUUAUUAGAUUGUCCUGGAUUGUGGGUCAAGCUGGAAUAGGUCUCUCUGUCGUUGUAAUAGCAAUGGCUACCGUUGUGACAACUAUCACAGGAUUGUCUACUUCAGCAAUAGCUACCAAUGGGUUUGUGAGAGGAGGAGGAGCAUACUAUUUAAUCUCUAGAAGUCUAGGGCCGGAAUUUGGUGGUGCAAUUGGCCUGAUCUUUGCUUUUGCCAAUGCCGUGGCAGUGGCCAUGUAUGUUGUUGGAUUUGCAGAGACUGUGGUGGAGCUGCUUAAGGAACAUUCCAUACUUAUGAUAGAUGAAAUCAAUGAUAUCCGAAUUAUUGGAGCCAUUACAGUAGUGAUUCUUCUGGGAAUCUCAGUGGCUGGAAUGGAGUGGGAAGCAAAGGCUCAGAUCGUCCUUCUGGUGAUCCUCCUCCUGGCCAUUGCCGACUUCGUCAUAGGAACAUUUAUCUCACUGGAGAGCAAGAAGCCCAAGGGUUUCUUUGGCUAUAAAUCUGAAAUAUUUAAUGAGAACUUUGGGCCGGACUUUCGAGAAGAAGAGACUUUCUUCUCUGUAUUUGCCAUCUUUUUUCCUGCUGCAACUGGCAUUCUAGCUGGAGCAAAUAUCUCAGGUGAUCUUGCAGAUCCUCAGUCAGCCAUACCCAAAGGAACACUCUUAGCCAUUUUGAUUACUACAGUGGUUUACAUAGGAAUUGCAGUGUCUGUAGGUUCCUGUGUUGUUCGGGAUGCCACUGGGAAUGUUAAUGACACCAUUACAACAGAGCUGACAAACUGUACGUCUGCAGCCUGCAAAUUAAACUUUGACUUUUCUUACUGUGAAAGCAAUACUUGUUCUUAUGGGCUAAUGAACAACUUUCAGGUGAUGAGCAUGGUGUCAGGAUUCGCACCCUUGAUCUCCGCAGGUAUCUUUUCAGCCACGCUCUCGUCAGCGCUAGCAUCUCUUGUGAGUGCUCCCAAAAUAUUUCAGGCUCUAUGUAAGGACAAUAUCUACCCAGCUUUCCAGAUGUUUGCUAAAGGUUAUGGGAAAAAUAAUGAACCUCUUCGUGGUUACAUCUUAACAUUUCUGAUUGCACUUGGAUUCAUCCUAAUUGCUGAAUUGAAUGUUAUUGCUCCAAUUAUCUCUAAUUUCUUCCUUGCAUCAUACGCCUUAAUCAACUUUUCAGUAUUUCAUGCAUCACUUGCAAAAUCUCCAGGAUGGCGUCCUGCAUUCAAAUACUACAACAUGUGGAUCUCCCUCAUUGGAGCAAUUCUUUGUUGCAUAGUGAUGUUUGUCAUUAACUGGUGGGCCGCACUGCUCACGUACGUGAUAGUUCUUGGGCUGUACAUUUAUGUUACGUACAAAAAACCAGAUGUGAACUGGGGGUCCUCCACACAAGCGCUGACGUACCUCAGUGCACUGCAGCACUCAAUCCGUCUUUCCGGGGUGGAGGACCAUGUGAAAAACUUCAGGCCACAGUGUCUUGUAAUGACAGGUUCUCCAAACUCACGGCCUGCUUUGCUUCAUCUUGUUCAUGACUUCACGAAAAAUGUUGGUUUAAUGAUCUGUGGCCAUGUGCAUAUGGGCCCCCGAAGACAAGCUAUGAAAGAGAUGUCCAUUGAUCAAGCCAGAUAUCAGCGAUGGCUCAUUAAAAACAAAAUGAAGGCUUUCUAUGCUCCAGUUCACGCAGACGACUUGCGAGAAGGUGCCCAAUACUUGAUGCAGGCUGCUGGACUUGGUCGUAUGAAACCAAAUACGCUUGUCCUCGGAUUUAAGAAAGAUUGGUUACAAGCAGAUAUGAGGGAUGUGGAUAUGUAUAUAAACUUAUUUCAUGAUGCUUUUGACAUACAGUUUGGAGUUGUGGUUAUCCGCCUAAAGGAAGGACUGGAUAUAUCACACCUCCAAGGACAAGAAGAAUUAUUAUCUUCACAAGAAAAAUCACCUGGUACCAAGGAUGUGGUAGUAAACGUGGACUACAGUAAAAAGUCAGAUCAAGACACUUGUAAAUCAUCUGGUGAAAAACCCAUUACACAGAAAGAUGAGGAAGAGGAUGGCAAGACUCCAACUCAGCCACUGUUGAAAAAAGAAUCCAAAGGCCCCAUUGCACCUUUAAAUGUAGCCGACCAAAAGCUUCUUGAAGCUAGCACACAGUUUCAGAAAAAGCAAGGGAAGAACACUAUAGAUGUCUGGUGGCUUUUUGAUGAUGGAGGUUUGACAUUGUUGAUACCCUAUCUUCUGACUACCAAGAAAAAGUGGAAAGAUUGUAAGAUCCGCGUAUUCAUUGGUGGAAAAAUAAACAGAAUAGACCAUGACCGGAGAGCGAUGGCUACUUUACUGAGUAAAUUCCGAAUAGACUUCUCUGAUAUCAUGGUCCUAGGAGAUAUCAACACCAAACCAAAAAAAGAACAUAUUGUUGCUUUUGAUGACAUGAUCGAGCAGUACAGGCUUCACGAAGAUGAUAAAGAGCAGGACAUUGCAGAUAAGAUGAAGGAAGAUGAGCCUUGGCGAAUCACAGAUAAUGAGCUUGAGCUUUAUAAGACUAAGACAUAUCGACAGAUCAGGUUAAAUGAAUUAUUAAAGGAGCAUUCAAGCACAGCUAAUAUUAUUGUCAUGAGUCUUCCAGUUGCACGGAAAGGCGCUGUGUCCAGUGCUCUCUACAUGGCUUGGUUAGAAGCUCUCUCAAAGGACUUGCCACCAAUCCUCCUAGUUCGUGGGAAUCAUCAGAGCGUCCUUACCUUCUACUCUUAACUCUUCUGCACCAUGGACUUCCUCUAAGAAUGGUACUUCAGUGCCUAGUCAAAGUGACUGAGUCGUCAGCAACACCGCAACGUUACAGUGGCGAACUGGGACAGUUUCAUCAUUAUUCGAAAGCACAUGGAAAGUUGCUCCAUUGAUAGAUCUAUGGAGACUUCAGUUUUAGUCUACUCCAGAUCUCAAUCUUAAUGACUGCUAAUUCUUUCUUGUUGGACUGAAGUUCAUGAGAGUAAAGUUUUCCUUUGCUACUUGAAAGCAAUAAGAGUGUGUUAUUUUUUGAUUGCUGAAAGGAGUACAAAAGCCUUUAGCCUUGAGGUGCCUUCUGAAAUUAACCAAAUUUCAUCCAUAGAUCUAUUGUCUUUUGUAAAUUUAUAGAAUGUUAAACUCUGCCUUCAGAUAUUAUUUUUAUUUUUAAUCUCUGUCAUCCUAAGUGGACACUGCUUUUCUCCUCCCAUCGACCAGUUAGUGUUGAGAACUGUGUGUUUUGUAUUACUUUUGUAAAAGUAUCUGUUAGAUACUGAAGAGGAUUGGGCAAGCUAAUAAAAUAUGUGGGGAAAGUAUCCAAAUAAUGGAGCCCAAGGUUAGGUUUAUAUGAAUAUAUAUACAUUUAGAGCUAGGAAAAAGAGGCUCAGACCACCAUUUCUGACUUUCAAUUAGAAUUCUGUAUUAUUUCUUUUAAAUCGCAGAGACGAGUGACGGAUCUACCCAGUACUUCAUGUAUAAUGCUAAGAAAGAAAAAAUAACAUUUUUUUUUUAAAGCAAAACCUUGAGAUCAUUUGUAUUAUUUUUAAAAGAUCUCUUUUAAUUUAGAAUUUUCUCUCAUGUGAGGGAUUUUUAAGACAUGCUAACAGGUGUUUUUUAGAGGAAAUUUAGACAAAGCAAUGCCAUUUAAUAGAACAUUUCAAUAAACACUAUGGGGAUUUCACUGUCCUAUGCCAUCCUUUAUUUAAAAAAAAAAAGAUUAAAAUUUUACCAGUGGUUAAAUGGACCACUGUUUUCUUAGUGAACUGGUUUUAGGUUUAAUUUAUUCAAGUUUAUUCAAGUUUAUUCAAGUAUCAAGUACAUUUAGUCUUAAUACACUCAGGUUUGAACAGAUUAUUCUGAUCAUUGAAAUUUAAUCCAUUCUUAAUACUUUAAAACUUGUGUUAAAGAAAACUGCCAGUUUGUGUGUUUGACCUUGUGUUCUGCUAAUGCACUCGACAGUGCGCAUGUGCUGCCUGAAAACUUUAUAUACAGACAGACAGUGCGCAUGUGCGGGUGUGCUAUCCUGAAAGCUUUAUAUACUGUUAAUGUGAAGUUUCUCAGUUUUCAAGGAAGGAUUUUCUAAAAACAUUUCAAGGGAUUCAUGUCUACAUGUCUGUCUGUUAUGCAUACACAGGUGCAUAUGUGUAUAUGUAAUGCAAUUUAUGUUGCCAGUGUUUCAGAUUUUAAAGUGAUCAUAAUUUGGUAGCUUACAGAUUUUUUUUUUGUUGUUGUUAUUGUUUUAGGUUUUUUGUUUUUUUUUUAAGUAAACAUUCAAGUCGUUACAGAUUUCAUGGAGGACAAAGACAAUUUGAAAACCUAGUAUAACUUCAUACAGUUAUCCAGUUAGGUCAAGGGCUGACAAGUAGAUAGUCUGUAGGUUUUGAUGGGGAACAUACGUACACAGGCUUUAAUCAUCUUAAGGGGAAUGUCAGAAAAGCAUCCUCAGUAGCGUGGCAUUUGUGCUGCGUGAAUGCAGAGUGAGCCAAUACCAGCCGGAAAUCUCGUUUCCAUUCAGAAUAGUAAGAAAACAAGUUUAAGUUUUUCCUACAUUAUAAUACAAUAUCAUUCCAUUUAUUAUAAAUUUUGCAGAGUUUAGGGCAGUAUAGAACAGUCACAUUAGGAAACCAUAUCAUGCAUGAAUUUUCUGAAUGGAAGCUAGGGCCGUCAUCCUGAAAUGUACACAGGUAUGUAUGUUACCUGCCUUUUACUUUUAAAGGGUUUUCCCCCAUUCAGGAAACUUCAUUGUGAUCUAUACUACAGCAAGUAAAUGUCAUACAUCGUACACAUGUGUUUAAAGUUCACAACAUGGAUCUCGAUGCACCUAACAGGGAGGGUGAUACUGUUUGUGAAAUAAUGUCAGCAGCUUUCCACUUUUAAAAACUACACUAGGGUGGCUAACACUGGCUGCCACAUCAGACAUUCUCAAGGUUGCAGUAGUACUCUAAAGUGAAAAUUCUCAACGAUUAAUUCUUAGAGAUGCUAGCUAGUAUUAAAGCUAUUUUUAUUUUAUGCCGAGUUUUGAUUAUUUUGAUGCCAAAUUAAUCUUUUAGUCCUAAUCAUUGAAAAUAACUUAAAAAUAAUUGUGCAGUGGCCUUUGAGCUCAUUAUUAUGAUAGGUAAGAAAUUGAGUGGGUUCAAAGAGAACGCAGGUAUUGAUUAUUAACAGGUAACUAAAUCAGAUAUUUAUUUGUUACAUCUUUUCCUUUGUGCUUUAAGUUUUCCUCUACACUCUUUUCAUAUAUGCUUUCUGACAUGUGUGUAUGUGUGUGUGUGGUUUUUUUUUUUUAAGACCAUGGAAAUAAUUUAAAGAGUUGAGCUCUGGUGAUUAUCCGCUAAGUUUGAAAAUGUAAUAUUUUGAUAAUACUGUACUGUUCUGUACACAGAUGCUUUUGUAACGUCUUAACCCUGAGCAUUGCAGUUGCUGCUUUGUACAGAAGUUACUGCAAUAAAGGAAGUGGAGUCAUUAAAACUUUAAUACCUA